AUGGCACCCGUUCUGCUAUCGCGCGGUCUGGAUCCUCUCCUGGGGGUCUUCACCGGCGUUCUGGCGUACUAUCUAUACGAGACGAACCCGCGGACUGCGCUCCCUGAAGAACAACGCCUCACGUCCCUGGUGCGAUGGAAGUACUCUCAAUGGAGAUACAUGCGUGAAGCCAAGCUGAAGGAACUGGAAAACAGUCAGGAGGCUGUGGAUUGGCGCGUCCUGGUGGCGCACGAUGAACGAUCCAAAUAA